AUGUGCUCGGAAGUCGUCGUCGUCUACGCGUGUGGCUGCCAAGAGCUGAAGGAGCUUAAGAUGUGCGAAUGGGCCAUCAUGCCAUCAAUUCAAAACAAAGCUCAUCCUUUCCCUGGACUGUUCAUGCCAACUGUAAACCACAUAAUGGAGCGCUUCUACUGCCGUGAAUGCGCCGAGGAGAAGAUCAAAAAGGCAAAGAAAGCAGCGCCCAAGUUUGCAAUUCCACCACCCCAGCUCGAAGCAGGAACCGGCUCCCCAAAAACCGUUUUUCAAAAGCGGAAGAACUUCGCCGACGCAUAA